UACCGGCUGGUGAUCGGUAGUGAUGCCGUGAUGGGCUGCAGCUCGAGAUCGUUCUUCCUGACCACGCUCUUCUUCGCGGCUGGAUUACUGUCGAUCGCCUUGCUCGUCGACGUAUCCUGCGCGACACGUGUGCGUCGGUCAUCGAAGAGGAGCUUCCAUCUCGAUGAUUCCUUGGGAAUAGUGUACACGCGACGAAAUUAUACGGACUUACACGCGUACACAGGACUGAGACAGCGCUCUGGACCGACGGAUGCUCCGAGAGGAGCCUCCGUGAAAGAAGCCGGCGUUUCUGCGCUGCGUGGUAGGCAGGAGGGUAGUCGACGCGCUAGGAGGACCACCACCAGCACGACGACCACAACGACGCCCAGCUCGACGUUAAUACCCCUCCCCGACGACGAAGUAGCGCAGCCCGCAGCCCUUCUAGCCCCCGAGGACGAGUCAUGGUCCACCGGUUCUUCGACAACCAACGUUCCGUUGUCGUCAGACGUGGACACCACGUCGUCCAACCCGCCUAUGGAGCUCGUGGUGAAGCCUCACAGUAAAGUCAUCCUGCCUUGCGAGUUGGACGGAAAUUACUCAAGAUUAUUGCUGCCGGGGGCGAGAAGUUACAGAAUACGACCGGCGACAUGGCUGCACGAGGGCAAUCCGGUGGACAUGAUCACGAUAAACACCAGAACGGAAAUGAGCGGUACUGGGCACCGGUAUAUCGGCGAUUCCACAACCGCAGCGUUGCAUAUAGACAAUGUCAGGCUGGAAGAUGACGGUAUAUGGGGCUGCACGCUGGAGGACGACAGGGGCAAAAUCCUCUUCGGCAGACCAGUGAAGCUGGUCGUGCUCGAGGCACCUCGCGGGACGUAUUUGCUGAUAGACGGCCGCCGAUUGGAUCCCGGAAACCAGUUCGUGCCAGUGAAGGAGGGCUCGGAACUCACCCUCGAGUGCGCGGCCGAGGGUGGAAAUCCACCGCCCGUUUUGGCUUGGGGCAUGACCUUGUCUCAAGCCACUUUAGACGGACCGGAACAACCGCCGGACAAUCUCACCGUCUUACCCUACCCAUCUGGCAGGCGCAGUGGAGCUCACCUCAAGGUCUUAAGGGGACACCAUAAUGCCACGAUCGUCUGCGUCGCGCGUCAUAUCACGCUGACGAUGCCGAUGAAUGCCAGCAUUCUGCUCGACGUCCAAUAUACUCCGUCGUUCGCGAUAACGCGUUUACCUGGUUUUGGAAUUCCGAUCGUCGAGGGAAUGUCUGUCAGCCUGAAAUGCGAGGUGGAUAGCAAUCCAGCCAGCAAUCCGAUUUGGCAGCGCGACAAUGGCCCGCCCCCCGUGGAGCAGAGCGAUGACGGAUGGUUGAACUUCACAAAAAUCACUCGGGCCGAGAGUGGCUGGUACAAGUGCUACACGCGGCAUACGCUCGGCAUUUUCACCAGCAUCGGAUAUUUUCUCAACGUUCGCUAUGAUCCAGAUAUGGAGACCGAGGCGGAGGCGUUGAACGGCGAGGCGACCGACUCGCGAAAGAUGGAGGUGCAGAUCGGCGGCGCGGUCACCCUCGAAUGCGACGGCGGAUGCUGGGGCCACGGGCCCGGGAUGGAUCCAGUAGGCGGGCCCGGACCCCUCGCUCUCAGCCGGGUGGUGUAUCAGGAAGGCGGCGAGUACCGAUGCGUUGCGCCCGACCGGAAGAUGCAGGACACGUGGCGAGCGCAAGUACCGUAUCACAUCAAGGUUAUCGGGCGACCCAUGGUUCAGCCGCCGAGUCAGACGGUGACGGCGAACGAGGGUGAGCCGCUGGACAUCGUCGUCGAGUUCUGCGCAGAGCCGAGUUACACGAAGGUCCUCUGGAUGUCGAAAGAGCGAGUGUACACACCGGGCGCACCCUCUCACGACGGGGUCCAAGCCCUUGCAAUCGAGGACGGCGGCACGGAGUCGUGUUAUCGGACAACCCUGCACUUCGAGACGAUCCAAUGGUCUCACGCGGGCGAGUGGAUGCUGCUGAUCCGUUCGCCGGAAGGGAUCGCCGACGCUUCCGUUCUGCUCAAUGUGACACUCGCUUCCGGAUACAGCCACGGUCACGUCCAUUCGGCGAGUCUGGUGUACCUCCUGCUCUGCCUGAUUCUGCAGGCGAUCCUGCAGGAACACCGUCGCUGAGGGGGUUUAGGGAGGGGGCGACCCGGCGUAGAGAUCCAGGCGUAAGAAAUCUCGGCGAAACUCCCGGUGACGCGGAAAGCUCGGAAGAACGGCUUUUCCCCCUGACGGCGAGAGAGGAAGCGAAGCUUCUUUGUACAUAAUGUCGAGAUCCUCCUUCCCCGAGGAAUUUUUUCCCCGCGCGACGACUUUCGCAUCGACAAAACGCGCGCGCGGAUUUGUCAAACACGCGCGUAGAAUACCUGCGUGUCUCCGUCGCGUUGCGAGCAUAAUAAAAUUCGACGGAAGUUCCGUUGACGCGCCUUCGACACGAACCACCACGGCCUUGGUGUUUCUCGAAUCUCAUAGCGAGUUCUCCUGUCCUUUGUUAGAGUCGUUUCUAGAAGAUGCAUUCGCGAGUGCACGAUAUCACGAAGCAGGAUUGUCGUCGUGCGAAACCUCAGGCGAGCUCGCGCGGGCACGAUUAAAAUUCGAUUUCUCUGGCCUUAUACGAGGGGAUGGUGGAGGAAAAAGGGAGAGAUCGCGCGCGGGCGAUGGGGGAUACGUAUUUAUAUAGGGAGAAAAUUUGUAAACUACGAAUUCGCGCACGCUAACAGUCGCGCCAUACGAUGUGUAUAUAUUUGUAUAGGUAUAAUAAAUGAUAAACCGAUGCGUUUGCGGAUUGUACGGUACGGUGUUCCCGCAAUGUAGGGAUCGGUGCGAAACGGGGACUAAUUCCUUUUUCUCUUUCUUUUACGAUUCGCUCGCGAACGGCGUGUACUUUUUGCGAAUGAAGGAGGUGAGAGACACGGCCGUAAUCAAUCUGCGACAAACUCGAAUGCAUCGAGUCUGCAUCGAGGUAUGAUCAUACUAGCAUUGCAAGGCGAACACGUGACACAUACGAGGCGUCGGUGUGCUUGUAUUAAAAUAACGAAAUAAUAACGAUCGACUGAGCGAUACUGUGCCACGCGAUAGAGAAAGAAGGCGCGAGGGGUAGCGAAUUUCUUUUUGGCGAAGUACGCGCGCGUCUCCCGCGCGGACGAUACCGUCGACGAGAUGAAAGAGAAACUCAAUUUGCGCAACGUCAAAUACUCCCGAAGGUAGGGCGACUAAAAGAUAAAUUGUUGUAUAUUACUUAGAUAAGUAGAAUUUGAUAUAGCGUGUAUAUAGUGACUGUAAAUGCGUAGGCUAUCGUACACGACGAAUUAUACAGUGACGCUGUUAGAGAUAUAUUUAUUAUUCGUUGAUAUAUUUUUAUAAAGUUUUAUUUAGCCAUAAGUUCUCGUUCUCGCCUUCCCCCGCUCCGAGAAUCUCGUUCGCACGAUCAUAACGCUCGUUUCGUUGGGAGGUGUGGAGCGCCCCGCUUCAACGGCGCUUCAAGUUAGGAACUUUUCAACGAGAACCGUUACAAUAAAGUACAGUAUAUCCUAUGAACGUCCUAAAUUCAAUCUAGCUGUAGCUCUAAUCGUUGGAAACAUGGAGAACAUCGUUGUCUUUACGAUACUUUGAUCUGUAUGAUCGCAAACGGAUGGCGGGCGCGGCGAAGCGUUAUCGUCCCGUCACAAUCGGUCCCGCUUUUUUCGAGCAUCCUUAACAUGGCUCUUUCGUAAGUUCGGUGGUUCCUAAUUUUGUAAAAAAAAUAGGGUUUGUACUCAGCUUACCGCGACGAUUAACGAUACAUCCUUAUCGCCGGUACGUCCUAGCCGCGCGCGCGAUCGCAGUCGGUACUACUUAUAGAUACGAAAUAAGCAUACCUGAUGUCUUCACGUUGAUUUAGUGGACUCGACGAAUCCGAUGUCGUCUUUCUUUAAGUUUUCUCAGAUCGCUAAGGUGUUACAAAUAAGCAACGUGGUGUAAUCGUUGUACCCAAUGACGCCUAAAAGUCCAAUAAAUGAUAUUUACAAUAU